CUUCAAGAGAGGUCCUGAUGGCCUCGUCACGACCCAAAAAGGCCCCCAAGAGGCCCAAGACGACUCUUUUCCGUAGCCAGUUUGGAUCAAGCGUUUCUCUUUCAGGCAAGUGUGUGUGUGUGUAAAUCUGCUGCAGAAGCAGCACAUCCCAGGCCUUUCUAACGUCAUGGCGCGCCUAUAUGUGAAUGCAGUCUCGUGGCUGUUGGUUAGCUGGAUGUUGGCGCCCGUGUUCUGCACAAGAGACCUCAUGCAUGUUGAUUUAGCGUUGAACUCGACCGAAGAUGUUGCAGGCAUGGCGGGGAUCAAGUGUUGUCAGAUCAAGUACGGCAUUCUCGAGCCAAACUUUUACAGUGUGAACGAUGGUCUUCUCAGCAUCCGUCUGAAGAUGAGCACUCUCGGCACCUCUGACGCAGAUGUGAAAGAUAAGAUCUGCACGCAGCCUCAAGGAAAGCUCUCACUCGGUUAUUGCAGCAACGCCAAGUACACUACCGGCGAUGGCAACACGGUCUUCGAAUUGCAGGAUGUCAAGACUCUUAGCGACGAUGUCUGCGAGGGCGACCCUGCCAUCAAAGAGUGUGACGACUUCGAGGAGUGGAAGAUGGUGCUCAUAGAGCACGGGCUUCAGACAGGUCGUUCCGAUGCCGCGUUCCCCGAUCUAGCCGCCAAGGACUGGGGCACGUCGAGGUACCAGUCAGGAUCGGAGAGCCUCUGGGCCACUCGGGCGAGCUUCGUCGGGGCGGGCCUACAUGCUCCCAGAGGAGCUAGCCAUGGCAGCAGUGGCGCCCACGGAACGAUGCGCAGCGGCAUUCGCCGAGCCUUGGUUGGCCGUCGCGGGUGAGAGCUGAUCGCGUUGACGGCAGUAGUCUCGUGGACAGUCUUCGUUGACAGUCCGCCCAGUGUUCUUCGUGGCCGCAGCUUCAAGCAAAAAAGGGAGGCCCAGGGAGACUCUCAGGAGGCCUGGAGGGGG